AUGGCGGCGUCGAUUUCAGAGCUUCCGCCCGAGCUGCUCAACUUGAUCUGCAAUUAUAUGCACACCAAGCAGGAGAUUGCAAAUUUCUCCCAAUGCUCUCGUCAGUUUCGUGCGGUCGCCGCGCCACAUUUAUACCGUCACAUCGAUCUUCUCUCAACUUCUGUGUUCAAUCAUGCUCUUCGCAAAGAUGCCGUGAGCCACCGCGUCGAAGCUCUAGUCAGGACCUUUCUACGAGAUCGCAAUUUGGGCUUGAUGGUGCGACACCUUGCAAUCAGACUGCCAGAGGUUGUUCAGAACAAUGGGAGAGCAUUGACACCUCUGGACCCGCAAUGUGAGGAUGUCGUAAAGGCCAUCCUCCCAGAUAGUUUGGAUAAUAGCCUGCUUGCCCAAACAGGCAUAGUUGGGUCUACGUCUAGUGCCGGUUCUGUCGACAGUGGAAGCGAUUGGGAAGAAGCAAAUGGCAGCGACUGGGAGUCUACAGAUGAAAGCGCCGAUGAGGAUGAAGUUGAGAUACUGACCAAUCACAAUGAGUCGAUCCCAGUCUUUGAGACCGAAGCAGACCGGUGGAUAUAUCUUGCUGCUAGAAGCAAGGCCAUUCGCGGAAAUGUCAUGUUCACGAUACUUCUCUCCUGCAUACCAGGCUUAGCCACUUUGGAUCUCGAGAUGCCUUCUGAUGGAUGGCGGACUGGGUUCCUUGAUCGUGCUCUCCAAAGAGACAUGACUCACCACAAUGCACCAUCACAACCAAGCCCAUCAUCGUUUCUGGCCAACCUUCGCCAUAUCUGUUUUGGAUACACUUCCCCAUUGCGACGAGGAGAAUCAUGGGUUGGGCCGUUUGUACUUCCAUCACUCGAACAGAUUUAUCUCCACAACCUGUCCAGUCUAGGACCAAUCCUCAGUUUUGUCAGGCCUCAAUCUCUCAACAUCACCCAUCUGGAGCUCCGCGAUUGUAGAGUUCCCGCUACGUCUCUCAUCCGGCUUCUCUCUAGUCCCAAAGCGCUCAAAACCUUCAUUUACAUUGUUGGCGAAGAAAAAACAAGGGAGGACCACUUCGCGCCUAUUAGUUACAGGUCUCUUCGUCUUUCCAUGGAGAAACAGAAGGACAGCCUAGAAGAAAUCUGGCUCGACUACCCGCACGACUAUCACUGGGGCAACAGCACCAGCCAGAACACGGCGCCCAUGGGAAGUCUUACUGCCUUUACAAAGCUCAAGCAUCUCCGCAUCGCCGGCACCUACAUAUUUGGUUUUGUGUGGACAAGCAAUGUGGAUGAGAGACGUCUGGUUCGAGCACUGCCAGAACAGCUCGAAACGCUUUGUUUGUGCCACGCCGACGAAGACGAUGAGACCAUUGAUGGAAUCACUUUUGUGCUGGACGCCAAGAAAACGGGCCGCUUCCCCGAACUGAGGGAGAUCACUCUCGAAGCAGGGGCCAUGUGGCAUUUUGGCAAUCGUCGUGACCUAGCGCCAGUCCUCGAACUUGCCGAAAGCGUUGGUGUCUACAUGAAGCUUAUAGAUAACCAUAGCGACCAAAGACUCGAGGAAAUGUGGGAGCGAACUCAUGCAGCUCUUCAUUUCAUGGAAAAUCCUACGCAGAAGUCACGCAGAGAAAGUCCUUGGGGCUUUUACAGGGAAAAGUCGUGGCCCGUUCGAGUGAGUGGCAUAAUGCAGAUGCCACAAUACAGGGAUAUAACAGAGAAUACAAGAGUGGUCCGAGCAUCGGAUGACUCAGAUGAUUCAUGA